AGUAACUCAACACUCUACGAUCACAUUCAGAUCUCUGGAUAUUGGAAGAUGCAUCGAGCUUAUCAAACCAUCAUUCCAACUAGCAACAAGUACCUGCAACAGAAAUGGGACAAGAGUGAUUAUCAAAGGCACAGGAUAAAGGUGCAAAAGGCAACUACGGUUGUGAAUACAAGAGGACCUCAGACUCCUGCUCAUCUUCAAGUCAACUUAAAAAAGCUACAGCUAGAGAAAGAACGUUUGGCUGUUAUCAGGCGAGACAAUCAGAUUCUUUCUCGCAAAUUGGCUGACAUCAUGAGUUCCAAUGGGACUGUGGACAAUUGGAAUAACUACGCAAAUAAAAGUCUGAAUGCAGAGAAGCGUCAGAGGGACCUCAAACAAAUAGCGCAGGAGAACCAAGCCAUUCUACACCGUAUUACACAUUGCCAGUCGGAAUAUAGGCGCAGCAGACUGGAUGAGGAGUGGGAGAAAGUGGAGAGACUGCAAAAAGACAUUGCACACUAUCCACAUCGGCUAAAAGCUGCGCAGAAGUAUCAAAAGAAAGUUUGUGGCGGAAGAGUUGGAGACCCAAUGAUCAACAAACUUCCGAGGAAGUACACUGAAGAGGGAUGUCAACAACACGGUGACCCUGUAGAGCAACACCUUGUGCAUUGAACUAUUUCACAUUCCCUUUGCACCAUCUUUCACUGAUACAUUGAAUCAAAUCACAUAGAAAAAGGCCAUUCUGCCCAUUGUAUCCUUACCAACCCACAAGUAGCCAUCCAGCACAAUCAAUUUCCAGUUCUUAGUCUGCUGUGGAGAUUGUGAGACUGUAAGAGCAUAUCUACGUACGUCUUAAAUGUGAGGGUUUCAGCCUUGACCAACAUUUCCAGACAAUAAAUUUAGACUUGCACCACCCUGUGAGUAGUAACAUUUCUUCUCAAAUCUCCUCUGAUUUUACUCUAAAUAUAUGCCACAUAAAAUGGAGGAGCAGAACUAGGCCAUUCAGCCCACUGAGUCUGCCCCCCUAGAUUAUGGGUGAUCUGUUAACACCCAACUCCACUUUCCUGCCUUUCACCCACAAUUCUGGAUUCCCUUACCGAAUAAAAAUCUGUCUAUCUCAGCCUUGAAUGUACUUAAUUGAUCAUAGAAUCCCGGCAGUGUGGAAACAGGCCCUUUGGCCCAACAAAUCCAUGCUGACCCUAAGAGCUUCCAACCCCCCUACACAUUAUGGACAAUUUAGUAUGGCCAAUCCACCUAGCCUGCACAUCUUUGGUCUGUGGGAGGAAACCCACACAGACAUGAGGAGAACACGCAAACUCCACACAGACAGUCACCCAAGGGAGGAAUUGAAUCUGGGUCUGUGGCACCAUGAGGCUAGUAGUGCUAACCACUACGCCACCAUGCCACCCUAAUGACACAACCGCUACAGCCCUCUGCUGUAAACAAUUCUACAGAUUAACUGCACUCUUGUGAAAAAAAAAUCAAAUAUUAAAUGUGCAACUCCUUAAUCUGAGAUUAUGCUAUCUGGUCCUAGUUUUUCCCACAACAGGAAACAACACUCUCAAGACCCCUAAGGGUUUUACAUGUUUUAAUAAGGUUGUUUCAAAUUCUUCUAAAUUUCAAUGAGUACAAAUUGAACCUAAUGAACCUUUCCUCAUAAGAAAAUCCUCCACACCUGGAAUCAACUUCAUGAAUCUUCUCUGGACUGCCUAAUGUGCAGUAUAUCUUUCCUGAGAUACAACAGCUGUAAUUGUUCACAGUAUAGUUUUGAAAAGACUUCCCUAUUUUUAUAGCCAUUCCCUUUGAAAUGAAAAACCAACAGACUAUUUGCCUUCCCUAUUACCUGCUGAACUUUGAUGCUAGCUUUUUGUGAUUUUAUUGAAUCCCUACAGUGUAGAAGCAGGCCAUUCAGUUCAUCAACUCCACACCAACCCAGUAAAGAACAUCCCAUCCAAACCCACCCACCCUACUCUAUCUCUGUAACCCUACAUUUCCAAUGGCCAACCCACCUAGCCUACACAUCUUUGGACUGUCGGAGGAAACAAAGCAGCCAGCAAAAAGCCAAGCAGAUACAGGGAGGAUAUGCAAACUCCACACAGACUGGAAUUCUGAAGAAGGGUUUAGGCAUGAAACAUCAGCUUUCCUGCUCCUCUGAUGCUGCUUGGCCUGCUGUGUUCGUCCAGCUCUACGCCUUGUUAUCUCAUAACUUAAAAAUAUAAGGUUUGUUUGAGACAGUCAGUCUAAUGUUUUACUAGUCAUGCUAGUUAGAUAACCCAUUCUGGUACAAAAAUGCUUUCACAGGUUUCAUUGAAUUAUGUUUAUCAUAACAAAUACUAAAUAAAUAGUAUUUGAUAAACACGGCAGUUUUCAUCCUAUUAACAUUGGGAUGCCAGUUUGUAACACUAGUUGACUGGGUGCAUAUCUCUUGCUUUGAUCCGUUGACUUAUGUUCUUCUGUCUUUGAUUUUUCUUCAAAAACCUCAGGCUUUAUUAACAAUUUUUUUUUUUGAGUUCCACAAGCAAUCUGUUUUGCAGGUAAGACUUGAACCUGAGCCAUCUGGCUUAGAAAUCAGGAAUACUAUCACAGUACCAAGCAACCCCUCCUCAUAAGCUGCCAGUCCCAGUACAUAAUGAAAGGCAUAUCCUGAACUCAAAUCGGCUUAUUAGUGCGUGAACAGGGUAUGGUCAAUUUAGAUGGGUGAAACAAUAUUUGUCUGAUUCCUGGUUCAUUUAUAUGGUCAUCUUAAUGAUAUAAUUUCCCACUGUAUCCUGAUUGUUUUUUUUUUCACAUGUUAAUCAUAUUGCCUUGCAAGAUUCUUUCAAGUAAAGUACCUCUUACGUGCAAGCUGCUGCUCCCUCGAAAUAAACUUUAAAGUUAUCUUGAUCAACUGGGUGAACGGGCUGAUGAGUGGCAGGCGGAGUUUAAUUUGUACAAAUACAUUUUGGUAAAACAAACAAGGGCAGGGUUUAUACAAUUAAUGGUAAGGCCCUGAGUAGUGCUACAGGACAGAGACUGAGGGCCUCAGGAAUUCUUUGACAUUUGUAUCAUAGGUAGACAUGGUGGCUAAGUAAGCGCUUAGUGCUCUUGCCUUCAUUGUUAAGACCUUUGAGUAUAGAAGUUGGGAUGUCAUAUUUAGGUUGUACAGGAUGUUAAUGAGGGUCUUCUGGAAUGCUGUGUCCAGUGCUGGUCACCCUCCAUAGAAAGGAUAAUAUUAAAUUAGAGAGGGUUCAGAAGAGAUUUACCAGAUGUUGUUGGGAAUUGAGGGUUUGAGUUAUAAAAAUGGGCUGGGACUUUUUUCACUGGAGUAUAGGAGGUUGAGGGGUGACCUUAUUGAGGUGUAUUAAAAUCCUGAGGGGCGUAGCUAACUUGAAUAGCAUGGGCUUUUUCUCUAAGGUGGGGAAGUUCAAAACUAGGGGGCAUAUUUUUAAGGUGAAAGGAGAAAGAUUUAAAAAGGACUUGAGGGACAACAUUUUUACACAGAGAAUGAUUUGUGUGUGGAAUGAACUGCCGGAGGAAGUGGCGGGUACAAUUAAAACAUUUAAAAAACAUUUUGAUAAGUUCAUGAAUAGGAAAGGUUUGGAGGUACAUGUGGAACUAAUUUAGUUUGGGAACAUGGUUGGCAUAGUCUAGUUGGACUGAAGGGUCUGUUUCCAUGCUGUAUGGCUCUUUGACUGUAUUUUCCAAGCUUGUCCCUUUCAUAUCUGUUUGUCCGUCUUGACUUACCAAUUCCAUAGAUCUUUACCAAGAGAAGGUGGCACCAAUCAACAAUGAGAGUGUCUGCUGAGAGUAUCAUUUGUUGGCAUCACUUUCUAGAGAUUAAUGACCAGAUGUGGGUGUCACUGGCUUUUAUUACCCAUCCCUUAAUUGCCCAGAAAGUAAUGAAGAAUCAACAACACUGCUGUAGGUCUGAAGGCACAUGUAUGCUAGACCUGGCCAGGUCAGCAGUUUCCUUCUGUAAUGGACAUUAGCGAUCCAAAAGAAUACGUUUGAAUGUUCAACAAAAACCUAUCAAUAUUCUUUAACUACAAAGCACCAUGCCUGACUAUAAACCAACUGUUGACGCCUGAAAAUAAUUUAAAGUUCAACAUAACCAUACAAAUUAAUAUAAGUAGGCCUUUAACAUAUUUAAAGUUCCCAUCUGAAAUAUAACUGUGCCUUUGAGUUUGUGUAAAGUAUUUUACUUCAAAGCAUUUUCACUGUAUUAGUGCAAGUUUACAUUAGCCAUGCCAUAAAACAGCAGUAAAACAAUAA